AUGCGGCAAGGCCCCGCGACGACCCUGGCGGGCUACAGGGCGUCGCAGGCGCAGACGCCUGGGCGGCAGAAUGCGUACGACGGCAGGAUCUCCGCGUCCACGGUGCAGGGCAGAGUCGGCCAGUGGUCCACGCGCUCCGUGUCGCCUGUGGACAGGACCCACCUGUACAGCGUGAGGGCGAGGGCCGACUCCGGCGCCGAGGCCAGUGCCGACGCUUCGGGUACCAUCAAGUCUGCCACGGUGAUCCGCGCCAGGAGCGCGGAGCAGCAGCCGCCCCAGUGGACGGCCACGUCAUUCGGAGGCAGCUCGCAGGUCCCCGCGGCGAAGAGGCUGAGCCUGGCGUCCACCGGCCUCGCGGCCUUCCGCGCUGGCGGCGCGGCCGGCCAGGUCGUGGGCUCGGUGCGCUCUUCGGCGGCGGCGCCGACGGGGACGACGUCCAUGGUGACAACGCCGCUCCAGACCUCCCGCGCCGUCGCUGCGUCCGCCAGCGGAUCGCUGCACAUCCCGAUGCCCGCCAGCGCCGCCUCUGGCGGCCUCCUCCAGUGGCGCCACCCGCCGGAGCCCCACGCCGCGGCGGCCCCGCGAGGCACCUGGCCCCUGAGCAGGCCGGGCGCCGCCGUGCCCGCCGCAGCCGCGCCGGAGGGGCCGCCGCCCGAGGACGACGCCCGCGUGCUGCAGGUCCGCGAUUCCCUGCUGCAGAACAUCCAGAGCGUCCAGAAGGAGAUCGAGAGGCUGAACGUCGAGAGGCUGCGGCCCGCGCAGCCCUCGCGCCAGGCACAGAGGAACCUCGCAAGGCACCACGCUGCUUGUCGCAUCCAGCGUGCCUGGAGGAUUAGCAGGUGGCGGCGAAGGUUUGUGCUCUUCUCGGAGCGGGAGCUGGGCUGGGUGGGCUCGCUCACCUGGCUGCAGGAACACAACCUGCUCUACGGGACGGAGCUG